UGGUUUCUCAGCUACAGGAAGAGCUGGUGGGAGUUUUGCAAGACGCAACAACCGUUGAGAUCCACUCCAUUACAAAUGGGUCACUGUCUUUGCGGAAAUAGACACACAGCUCACUUGAGGAGGAAUGUUAAAUGACCCAACUGUCCUGUAACACUGGAGCUCCACUACACCGGAGGAGAAGAACAAAUGGCAUACCAAAGGCCAGGGUCUGAGGUCAGUCUUGCAAAUUCUGAAAGGGAUUAUGAGAAUGUUAUACCUCCACAUUUGCUAAGAUGGCCACAACAAAUCCCAGAACAAACCAGGACAGCCAGACCAGAUGUGUCCAUCCUCACCACAUUUACUGACAAUACAAGAUGCAGUUCUCGGAAAAUACCCAUUGGCUUCCUUUAUAUCUUGGCGUGCGCUGCCCUGUUAAUAGCAAUAUCUGCUUUUGUCCUGGCCUUCUUGAAAUUUAUUCCUCGGUGCCCAGAGGGUUGGCCAAAGUUCCAGACAACAUGUUACUACUUCUCCAGUAAUCAGCAUACCUGGGAAGAAGCACAGAGUGUCUGUUUUACUCUUGGUGCACACUUGGUGGUGGUUCAUGACAAUGCAACUGAAAAGUUUCUGAAUCAUCAACAGAAUUCUAGUUACUGGCUUGGCCUCAGAAGGUAUGCUAAAGGACAUUGGCUUUGGGUAGAUGAUACACCUGUACAAGACACAUUUAUUUGGAUUCUUGUCCUCUGGACUGGCUUCAGUUUUGUGUUUCUUUGUCUUUCCCUUGUGGUUCUGUAUUGUGACUAUUGGCUUCUCCUGAAGGAUUUUGGAAUGGCUGAGAAUUUGCUGCUGUGCCUCCCUUCAGCCUUGGUGAACUCCCAUAAUUACUCAUGUACGAUCUGAACUGGAUUGAAUCAUUUAUGAGUGCUUUUCCCUACUAGGUCCUUCCACUCCAUUCACUUCACGCCUGUAGGUACAAGACAGGGGCAGAAAUAAAUUGUUUCUUUGUCAUCUUUUUAAAAGCAUAGAAGUCAUGAGGGUCUGUUCCAGCCAUGUAAGAUGCUAAAAAAAAAAAAGCAAGACUUGAAAAUGAAAAAGGAAAUAUACAUUUUAAAAAAAAUAAAAGGGAAUGAGAUAUAAUUAAAGAUGUUAUAAACAGCAGAAGUCUGUAGGAAGGAAAUGAGAAAAAGGGGAAAAGGCAAUUCUGAAACUGAAUUUCAGAUAGAAAAGGGUGUUAAAAAGAAUGACAGAUCAUCAGUAAUAAGAGAAAGAUGAGUGCAAAUAGCCUGAUAGCCCAAGUAGCAUGGUGAAAUAUUAAUGGCACAUAAAGUAGAGGAGCAAAUUGUUCAACUUUAGCUUUGAUUCAGACAUCCCAAAGUGCAGAUUGUAACUGGAUGAUUCUGAAAAUUUUAUUUUUUAAAAAGAAGAAAAUGUGACCUAUACCUCCCCCAAGGUAUGGAAGAAGCAGUGCAAAUAAUAAUUGCAAAUGGUCAAGGAACAGGAAGAGAAUAUAGCUAGAAUGAUCAGCAAGCAUAGUAAGAGGCUGUUCCAAAUAUGGUCAGCAAUUAAAUCCAAGAUUUAAUUAUUAAGUCAAGACUAAGGGCAUAUCUACGCAGGCCAAAUAAAAUUAUCUUACUUCAUCUUCACAGAAUGCUGUCUAGAAGACAAAUAGGACAAUUGGAGUCAAAUCAAAUUCAGCAUCUC